GCUCAGCGCCGCGGUGCUCGCCGGGAAGCGGGCGGAGAGCGACCUCAGGGUUACGGGGCGGGGUUGACGUCAGGAGCCAAGAUGGCGGCGGUGGUCGCAGUCUCCUUGAGGCGCCGGGUCCCGGCCGCAGCUCUUGGCGGAACCUGCCUGCAGGCCUGCCGAGGCGCCCAGACAGCUGCAGCCACAGCUCCCCGAAUCAAGAAAUUUGCCAUCUACCGGUGGGACCCAGACAAGGCUGGAGAUAAACCUCGUAUGCAGACCUAUGAAAUUGAUCUGAAUAAGUGUGGUCCAAUGGUAUUGGAUGCCUUGAUCAAGAUUAAGAAUGAGAUUGACUCUACCUUGACCUUCCGAAGAUCAUGCAGAGAAGGCAUCUGCGGCUCUUGUGCCAUGAACAUCAACGGAGGCAACACUCUCGCUUGCACCCGCAGGAUCGACACCAACCUCAAUAAAGUCUCAAAAAUCUACCCUCUCCCACAUAUGUACGUGAUAAAGGAUCUUGUUCCUGAUUUGAGCAACUUCUAUGCGCAGUACAAAUCCAUUGAGCCUUACUUGAAGAAGAAGGACGAGUCCCAGGGAGGCAAGCAGCAGUAUCUGCAGUCCAUAGAAGAGCGUGAGAAACUGGACGGGCUCUACGAGUGCAUCCUCUGUGCCUGCUGUAGCACCAGCUGCCCCAGCUAUUGGUGGAACGGAGACAAAUACUUGGGGCCUGCUGUUCUUAUGCAGGCCUACCGCUGGAUGAUUGACUCCAGAGACGACUUCACAGAGGAGCGCCUGGCCAAGCUGCAGGACCCGUUCUCUCUGUACCGCUGCCACACCAUCAUGAACUGCACAAGGACCUGUCCCAAGGGUCUGAAUCCAGGGAAAGCUAUUGCUGAAAUCAAGAAAAUGAUGGCGACCUAUAAGGAGAGGAAGGCUUCGGCUUAACUUGUUUCCACACCAGAUGUGACUCGUAACCCUCGGAGCGGAGCUUAAUAUGUGUCUAAUUUGAGUUCCUUCAGAGGUCUGAUUUUCCAUAAAUAAAGCAUGUAUAAAUAAAAUUUUAAGAAAUAAA